GUUUGUUAAUUUCGUACUACUGUAUCUCUCUGAAGGAUUCCCCGCGCAAUUGAUAAAACAAUUUGAUGUUCGAUCAAUAAAAUUCUGUUGCCCGUAACGAACAGAAACACAACUGCAACAGAAUAUGAAACCCCGACAAUUCUUAAACCUCUCAAUCUGUUUCUUUCUUCUCCAUUUUUCUUCUUCUCCUCUCUGAAUUUCGGAAGAAACCCAGAAAAAAACCAAGCUCAAUUCAAGAAUGUCGCUACCCACUUUAAAGAGUAGGAAGAGAAAGAGAGCUCCAAAACUCUUUAACCUUAACACAUUUUGCUACCCAGGUUGCCCGAUUGAACUAAAAGGAGCUUUUCGAGAUAAUAUUAGGGUAUUUCUUCAAGAAUGUGCCGAAAUGGAAGAAUACGACAUCGAUUCUAUGACAGUUUGGUGUACUCUUCUUGUUCAAGAAACCAGAGGUGUUGUUUUUCCUCUUUACACCAUCGAAGAAAAUGUCAAGCUCUCUAAACAGCCCUUCUGUGAUCAUUGCCGCUGUUGUGGAUGGAGUCAUCACUAUAUGUCAAAAAGGAAGUACCAUGUGAUAAUUCCCCGUGAUACAGAGUGGAGCAAGCCACUUGGCAGUGAUGUCCGUGAGCUUCAAACACACCUUUUGCAUGGACUGAUUCAUUGCAAUGGCUUUGGUCAUCUUGUAUGCAUCAAUGGGAUUGAAGGAGGUUCCAAGUAUCUCUGCGGAAGAGAGAUCAUGGAUCUAUGGGAUCGGAUCUGUACAAACCUUCAUGUAAGAAAGAUCUCAGUCGAGGAUACAUCAACAAAGAGGUCAAUGGAUAUUCGACUACUCCAUAGCAUUGCAUAUGGACACCCAUGGUUUGGCAGAUGGGGUUAUAGAUUUAGCCAUGGAAGUUUUGGGGUUCAAGCACACCAUCACCAAAAAGCUGUAGAGGUUCUUAGUUCAAUUGAUCUGGAUGACCUGAUUUGCAAUCUCCCAAAAUCAAAUAAAACAGCAGAUGUAAAGCAAAUCAUUUACUCCUACAGAAAUUUGAGUGAGACCCGUCUCAUCACAUUGAGAGAUCUCCUCAGGUUCAUGCUGACCUUGAAGUCUAAAACUCCACUUAAGACCAAAGUAGCCUUGGCCCAAGCCGUGUUGCGUACCCCCUCCUCACCUCAAAUAUUCACAACCAAAAUUUGUGUGCAAAACAGGCCGUUUAAUGCAAGAGCAAAGCCCAUUAAGUGCAGGAAGUUUGAAAAUCUGGUAGCUAGCAUGGACAGCAGAUGGCCGAAACGGAGACUAGAAUUUACAGCUGAAGUUAUUGUGAAUACCCUGAAGGAAAAUAAGGAAAACAAAUCCUCAAAUAGUGGAAUGACUAGACAAGAAGUUCGAGAUGCUGCGAGAGCUCAUAUUGGAGAUACAGGGCUGCUUGAUUAUGUCCUGAAAUCCAUGAACCACGUGAUUGUAGGAGAUCACAUAGUUCGACGUAGAACUGACCCAGUGAACAGAGUUCUGCAAUACACCAUACAUGAAGUUGGUGAAGCUUCAUCUUCAUCUUCACCUUCACCAUCACCUUCACCUGCCAAAGGUAAAGCAUCUGCACCGGUUUUAGCACUCACUGAAGGCUCUGGAGUUGACAUUUAUCGAGAUGUAUGUAUCAUAUACAAACAGGUGUUGGUAGGCCAGUCUCAUUCCGAUAUGUUGGGCUUGUCUGUUAGAGUAAUACUAGACAGCAAACAUUUGGUAAAGGAGUGGCCUUUCAAGGAUGAUGAUGACCAAUUACUAAGAUUCAUAUGCAAGAUCCUGCCAAGUUCAAAUGAGUUUGACAUGGAAUUAUCUAGGAAUAUUUCUCCUGGUGAAGUAAUUAUACUUCCAUUACAUGCCUCAUUUGGUGAGUUGAAGGUAGCAGCUCAACAUGCAUUGCGGGAUACUUAUUGCAUUAUGGAUCACUAUAUAGUGACUGAUAUUGAGAAUUUAGAGAGUUUGAAUGAUGAAGAAGUAAUAUUUGGUGAAGUUGAGUCAAGUUGUGAACUUGGUGUUAGAGGAAGUGGGAUUGACUUGAACAGUGAGUUGAGGUAUGAGGGUGGAACUGACAAUUGGACAGUGAGAUGUUCAUGUGGAGCAACAGAUGAUGAUGGAGAGAGAAUGGUGUCAUGCGAUAUUUGUGAGGCAUGGCAACACACAAGAUGUACGGGCAUUGAAGAUACAGAAACAGUUCCUCCUCUUUUCGUAUGCCAAACUUGUUGUUCUUCACUAAUGCCUCCUAGAGUUGAAAACAUCUCUUUUCCUGAUAACCAAAACUUUCAAGAUAUGACAUUUCCACAAGCAGUAGAGGAAUCCUGGAUGACAUUCUCUUACUGAUUUUUGAAUAUAAUCUGCAGCAUCAAGAUUCAAGAACCUUGAUUAGAAAUAAUCAUUUACUGUAUGAUAUGUAUCAUCAUCCGACCUCCCCUGCAGUCCAUGGUCUAUGGACUCUGUUUGGUAUUUUACAAAAUGCAACUUAAUUGAAUUUCAUAUAUGUUUGUUUCCA